AUUUUACAUUUAAUGAAAGGUGGGGAUCAAAAACGAGAAAAACUACUUGUAGCAGCCAUUGACUUUGGUUCGACGUAUUCAGGGUAUGCAUUCUCGUUCAAAGACGAUUUCCAAACAAAUCCUUUGAAGAUUUACACAAACAAUUGGUCGUCUGAACAGUCUGGCGGAAUCUCAUAUAAGGCGCCAACCACAGUUCUAUUAAAUCCAGACCAAACUUUUCAUAGCUUUGGAUACAAAGCGGAAGACAAGUACGCAGAAUUGACUGAAGCAGAAGAACACGAGGGAUGGUAUUACUUCAGUCGCUUCAAGAUGAAACUCAUGAAUGCUCUGGAUAUUUCGAAAGAUCAGACCGGAAGUGACCAUCUUUUUACAGAAUUGAAGAGGGACAUGGAAAUAGAAGACAUGGAUGGUAAAAAGAUGCCAUAUAUGACAAUAAUCUCUCACGCCAUUCGUUAUUUGAAAGAACAUUUACUCCAACAACUAAAGGAAAAGAACGUGCUGGGCGCAAUAACAGCAGACGGCAUCUUCUGGGUUAUAACAGUUCCCGCCAUUUGGACAGAUUCUGCUAAACAGUUCACAAGAGAAGCUGCUAAAGAGGCUGGUAUUUAUGACGACCAGUUAAUGUUAGCCUAUGAACCGGAAGCUGCCGCCUUGUACUGUCGUCUGCUCCCUAUUGAUAAAUUCGAAAGUGGAGGUGAACACCACGAACUGGUUCUUCGAACUUUUGAACGAGGGAAAAAAUUUAUGGUCAUCGAUCUUGGUGGUGGGACAGUAGAUAUUGCGGUUCAAGAAACAACAGAGGAUGGAAAAAUGAAAACAAUUUACAAGGUGUGUGGUGGAAACUGGGGAGGAACCCAUGUAGAUAAAUGCUUCCUCCAUUUCAUCAAUGACUUACUAGGGUCUGAAGUCGUAAAAAGCUUGAAACACGAAUGCAGGUCGGAGUAUUUAGAGUUCUUACGGACAUUUGAAUUUAAAAAGAGGACCAUCGAUGUUGAUUCUACUUUGAGAGUUGUCCUUAAAGUUCCUGUAGGCUUUGUGGAUGUUCUAUGGGAAAAUUAUGGCACUACAUUACAAGACAGGAUUAAAGCUUCUCCGCAUAACAGUGCCGUUUCUUUCGUCGGAGACAAACUAAGUAUUGAACAUUCCUUAUUUAGGUCAUUUUUUCAGAAAUCAGUGGAUGACAUCAUUUCUCACAUAGGAGAUAUUUUUGAUGACAAAUGCUGCAGAGAUCUGACUGGCAUAGUAAUGGUCGGGGGAUUCGCCGAUAGUACCAUUGUCAACUUUGCCAUGAAAAACGCUUUUCCUGAAAGGAAGUUUAUCAUUCCAUUGGAUGCAGGAUUAGCUGUUGUCAAGGGUGCAGUUCUCUAUGGCCACGACCCCGAUGUGAUUUGUUCUCGAAUAUGUCGAUAUACGUACGGUGAAGAUAUUUGCGAACCUUUCGACAAAUCCAUGCAUCCAGAAUCAAAAUUAACUAUUAUUGAAGGAGAAUGCUAUUGCAGUGACGUUUUCCAGAAGUUCUUUACUGUAGGACAAAUAGUUUCACUUGGAGAGGUGAAAGAAAUAAGUAGCAGUAUGUCGUUUGUUGAUGAAUUUAGAAAGCUGGGUCGCUACAGACCCCUGCGUUUACGUGUAUUUGUAUCCGAUAGAGAGUCUCCUAUGUAUAUAGAUGAUGUGGGAUGUCGCCAGCUUGGUGUGAUUGAGGUUAAGUGUAAUGAUGGUGUUUGGCCUGAGAGGGUUUAUAUCAGUACAAAAAUGGAAAUUGCCGGAACUGAAAUAAAGGUUACCUCCAAAAUGCAUACUGGGGAAGAAGUCACUGCAACGUUUGAUUUCCUUUGAAAUUGCAUUAUCAAAAAAGAUUACCUAAACAGAAAACUUUUUACAUGCACGGCUUUGCAGAAAUCAUGUUUACUUGAAAAAUCACAUUAUACACAACUCAUAUAGCUAUCCAAACUGGAAAUAAAAUGGGAUUGUGAUUAGGCCUCAAGGCUAUAAACUGAAAACAGACUUGUCAGAAUUUCAAAUUAAUUUACAUGUAACUUCUGUGUGCUUAUAUUUGAAUAUUAUACAAACCUGCAAUUUCUUUUAUUUAACCUACAGUAUUCAAAAUCAAAAUUCUGACUUACGUCUGCUCUCAGUUUAUGGUUAUGGUUAUGAGGUUAAGUGUAUAAUUUACAAUGCAUAAACAAAUAAGAAUAUACUUUUAAAGCUAUUUGAAAUUGCAAGUA